AAAACUUUAACUGGCAGGGGGCAUUUUGGACUCAAAAAACUAUCUCUGCAAAAUGCCAACCAAACCCACAUCACCGCUUUUAAUUUUUCCUCGGACCCACACGCAUCUUCUGCUUCUUCUUCUUCUUUCUUCUUGUUUUGGUAAGAAAUAAAGAAAAUAAUUCGAAAAUAAGAAAGAAAAGAAAAAAAACAGGGGAGAAGGAAAGAGAGAGAUAUGGCGAGAAGACCGGACGAGGAAUACGAUUAUUUGUUCAAAGUAGUAUUAAUCGGCGAUUCGGGCGUAGGGAAAUCGAACCUCCUCUCCCGAUUUACUCGCAACGAGUUCUGCUUGGAGUCCAAGUCCACCAUUGGCGUCGAGUUUGCCACCCGUACUCUCCAGGUUGAGGGAAGAACUGUGAAAGCUCAGAUAUGGGACACAGCAGGACAGGAGCGAUAUAGAGCCAUUACUAGUGCCUACUAUAGAGGCGCCCUGGGAGCUCUACUUGUCUAUGAUGUAACAAAACCAACAACAUUUGAGAAUGUGAGCAGGUGGCUGAAGGAAUUGAGAGACCAUGCUGACUCAAACAUUGUGAUCAUGAUGAUUGGGAACAAGACUGAUCUGAAGCAUCUACGUGCGGUUGCCACAGAAGAUGCCCAGGGUUACGCCGAAAAAGAAGGCCUUUCAUUUAUUGAAACAUCUGCUCUUGAAGCAAUCAACGUUGAGAAGGCUUUCCAGACAAUUCUUGCAGAGAUAUACCGGAUUAUUAGCAAGAAGUCUCUUUCAUCAGAUGAGCCAACACCUGCAAGCAUUAAAGAAGGGAAGACUAUUGCAGUCACUGGAGGAUCAGAGGUCAAUACAAAGAAGACUUGCUGUUCUUCAUCCUGAAGAUUAAGUUUUGAGUUUUCCUGUUUUUGUUGUCUUCCUCUUUCCGAUUCUUCCAUCUGUUUGUGGGUUAUAAUUUAAGCUCUUUUUUUUUUCUUUUUUUGUUGUUGCCCUUUUUGGCUUAUUCCUUCCUCGUUUGAACUAUAAUUUGUUAUCUGUUGCCCGGAAUUUUUCCGUAAGGGGUAUAUUUCAUUAGGUAUAUAGAUGGAUGGUACGUCGAACAUGAAGCCUCAGGAGGUUUGGAUUGUAUUGUAGAAAUACUUCACUGGUCGGAGCCAAAGUGAUGUUUGCCCUUUUACACAGGAAGCUUUGCCUUCAAAAUAUGCUAUUACAAACCGUUCUCAA